UUAAAAUGUUCGGGGCCCGGCACGAUUUUGUUCCUCGCGAUUCAUUUCACAGGAAAGAAAAGAAAAACUAAGUUCUCAAACUCGGAGGAAAUUCCAAUGCCAAGGUCUUGUUCCUCGCGUUAAAUUUCAACCACCAAUUCGGAGAUCGUCGCCGGACGAGCAAUGUUGAAGGCCACGGGUCCUCCGCCGUACGCGGCGGCUCCGGCUAGGCUCGUCACCGCUUCAUGGCCCAGUCUUCUCCGUUCGCCGCCUCCCUCGCCGCUCUGUCCAUUUUCCUGGAAUCCGUCGCUUUUCCGGCCUCUCCGAUGCGAGAGGACACACAAGCCUCUUGCUUUUAUCGAUCUCAGAGGAGGGAAAGGAAUGAGUGAUUUCCAUGAGAUUGAACUCAAAGUUCGAGACUACGAACUCGAUCAGUAUGGUGUGGUGAACAAUGCUGUUUAUGCCAGCUACUGCCAACAUGGUCGACACGAGUUUUUGGAGAGUCUCGGUAUCAACUGUGAUGAAGUAGCUCGCACUGGAGAGGCCUUAGCAAUUUCCGAGUUGUCAAUGAAGUUCCUUGCCCCAUUACGGAGCGGAGACAAGUUUGUGGUGAAAGUGAGGAUAUCAGGAUCAUCGGCUGCACGCAUUUACGUCGAACAUUUUAUAUAUAAACUUCCAAAUCAAGAGCCUAUUCUUGAGGCAAAAGCAACAGCUGUCUGGCUUGACAAGAACUAUCGUCCUGUCCGUAUCCCACCAGAUAUACGCUCUAAGUUCGUUCUGUUACUGAGGCGAGAGAGAUCCAAUUGAAGUUUGGUUGGAGACCGUCGGUUAGGGAACUGAUGUGUUAUCUGACCAGAUCGAAUCGUGUGAGCAGCAAGCUGAAGAUGCUAUAUAGAAUCAUUGUUAGGGUUUCUAUUUGUUCUUUUUUUUUUAGAAUGAAAUCAGAUUGAAUCAAAAUUUAUGUUGAUUUAGAGAAAAUUGAAUCAGAAAAGGAAAACGAAGAAAAAUCCACUAUACAAAAAUUUCUUUUUUUCUUUUUCCGUUUCUAUUUUGUAAUUCCAGAUACUUCAAAGAUCUUAUUUUUAUGAUA